AUGUCCGCUGAAGCAUCUGAGAAAGCUCAAUCGUUCAUGAUGCAUAUUGUCAAAAUACUUAAUAAUGGAGCGCUUACCCUAAUGAUAUCUCUCGGCCAUCGUGCUGGUCUCUUUGAUACUCUCGCGACAAUCUAUCCAGAAUAUGUCUCGUCACAGGUCCUUGCCGACAAAGCUAAACUCAAUGAACGCUAUGUUAGGGAAUGGCUGGGAGCCAUGGUAAUUGGGGAUAUUAUUGAGUAUAAUAGUGAAUCAAAGACUUAUAGGCUUCCUCAAGAUCAUUCGCAGUUCCUUACAAGAGCGUCUGGGCCUCAAAACCUUGCCGUUUUUUCUCAGUAUAUCUCGAUUCUUGGAUCUGCCGAAAAUAGUGUUCUUGAAUGCUUUAAAAAUGGCGGUGGAUUGCAGGAAAACGAAUAUCCUCGAAUUCACAAAGUUAUGGCCGAUGAAAGAUACUUGGCCGUUGGUUCCAUACUGCAUACUGUCAUUCUCCCUGGUCUUCCUGUGCUACACGACAAACUUAAGAAAGGAUGCAAAUUGCUAGAUGUUGGCUGUGGACACGGUCAAGUAAUUCUCGAUCUUGCCAAAACCUUUCCGACUAGUACUUUCGUCGGCUAUGACAAAUCGACCGAAGUAGUAGCCAUUGCCAAUGCGGAUGUCGCGUCUGCUGGUCUUACUAAUGUUUCCUUUCACCUACAAGAUAUAUCCAAACUGAAAGAAAUUGGCGAAUACGACGUCAUCUUGGCUAUGCAUACUAUCCACGAUUUGGCCGACCCAGUGAACACGCUAAAGGGUAUCCACCGUGCGUUGAAGGCAGACGGAGUAUUUAUAAUGCAAGACGUCAGUCUUUCAAGCGAUCUCGAGAAGAAUAGGGCUCAUCCUUUUGGUACUGCAAUGUAUACUGCUAGCACCAUGGUGUGUGUGCCAAGUUCUUUGGUAGACGGUGGACCGGGUUUAGGCGCUUGCUGGGGAACAGAAACUGCUUUAAACAUGUUAAAAGAAAAUGGAUUCAGUAAGAUCGAAGACAUCGUUGUGUUUCCAAAUGAUCCUCUGGGUGCCUGGUUUAUUAGCUGGAAGUGA